AUGCUGCUGCUGCUUGCUGUUGCUGUUGGUGGUGCUGGUGCUGAUGCUGGUGCUGCUGCUGGUGAAAAGAAAACGAACCAGAUCCUACGGGCUUUUCUAUUUUUGUACUGGACUGCACUUGUAAUGCGUGCGCGGAUGUAUGUGUGUCUUGUUGAGUGCUCCAUUUACGAUAACCACGAUGGAGGCGAGUGGUGGAAACAGUGGGCUUGCGAAUGGCCAGCAGAUGAGCUGUAUGACGAAGAGGAAGACUGCAUCUGGUUGGGCGCAGCGAAUAAGACAACUACCGAACUGGAUUGCGUAUGGGCGCCAGCAAUUGAGAAACAUUUCAUUCUGUGA